AUGUCUGAAAAGGCGUCGGUUGAUAGCGAGACCAAGUCCGAAAAAACUUUUACAGAACAGAACGGCCAUCCCCGCCGAGCACGAUGGCAGCGCAUACCAUUUCUUUCAGUGUCUGCACAUCCGCCAAAAGCAUCCAUCCAAGAAGCUGAACUUCUGCCCGAGGUCCAAGCGAACUGGUUCGAUAUCCUCACCUUUGGCUGGAUUACUGCCCUGCUCACUCUCGGCUAUGCACGUCCACUGGAGGCUCCGGAUCUCUACAAGCUGCAAGACAGCCGCGGAGCAGCAUUCAUCGGUGACCGGAUCACCGCGUCCUUUGAAAAAAGGUGUUCGGCCGCGGAGGCAUACAACCGUCGGCUGCUGAACGGUGAGAUCAAGCCCGGCAUGAAAGCGUUGUGGUGGACCCUUCGAGGCAACCGCACCGAGCGGGAGAGAAAAUGGAGAGAAACUGAUGGUCAGCGCAAGCCCAGUCUGGUCCUUGCUAUAAACGACAGCAUAAAAUGGUGGUUCUGGUCUGCCGGUAUCUUGAAGGUGCUCGGAGACACAGCUCAGUUUACGAGCCCCCUUCUCCUCAAGGCCAUCAUCAAUUUCGCAAAAGAUUCUUAUACCGCUCAUCAGACGGGUGACUAUGCCUCCAUCCCACCAAUCGGGAAAGGCAUUGGCUUGACUUUUGGUUUGCUGGGACUGCUAAUCGUUUCGUCACUAUGCACACACCACUUCUUUUACCGAUCUACGUCUACAGGAGUUCUCAUACGUGGUGGUCUAAUCAGCGCGAUUUAUGUUCGUUCUCUUCGACUAAGCUCUCGCGCACGAUCGAAGCUCCCGAAUGGUCUGAUAAUGAACCAUAUCUCAACGGACGUAUCACGAAUCGAUUUUUGUGCAGGCUUUUUCCAUAUGGCUUGGACCGCACCGAUUCAACUGGCCAUAUGUCUCGUACUUCUUCUGCUGAACCUGGGCCCUAGUGCUCUGGUCGGUUUUGCGUUUUUCGUGGUCGCGGCACCGAUUCAGACAAAGGUUAUGAAGAACAUGUUUGCGUUCCGGGAGAGUGGCAUGAGAUGGACCGAUAAGCGUGCCAAACUUCUCCAGGAAUUGCUUGGAGGCAUGAAGGUGGUCAAGUUUUUUGCAUGGGAAAUUCCGUUGGCGAAGAGAAUAAAGGAGUUUCGACAAAAGGAGAUGUCCUUCGUCCGCUCGAUACUCCUCGUGAAGGCUGCCAACAUUGCCGUGGCUCUAUCUAUGCCUGCAUUAUCGUCAGUGGUGGCCUUUCUUACGUACUCCGCUACUGGACACCAGCUUGAAGUAUCUGUCGUCUUUCCUUCUCUCACCCUCUUCCAGCUUCUCCGUUUGCCUCUAAUGUUCUUCCCCGCAUCUCUUUCCGCCAUUGCCGAUGCCGAGAAUGCUAUUCAGCGUCUUUAUGGCAUCUUUGAAGCAGAAACACUCGAGGAGACAUUUGAUCGUGAAGACGAUCUUCAUGUUGCCGUUGAGGUCAAGAAUAUUUCCUUCACUUGGGAUGCGCCACCUCCAGAAUCAGCCGAGGGAAAGAAGGGGAAGAAGGACAAGAAGAAGGGAAAGCCCGAAGUUGACCCAUCAUCGGCGGGUGCGGUUUUCGAGCUGAAGGACGUCUCUCUUAGUAUAGCCCGCGGACAGCUUGUUGCUAUUGUUGGCACCGUAGGUGCCGGAAAGACCUCUUUGCUUCAGGGUAUGGUUGGUGAGAUGAGGCGGGUUCCGAAUAUAAAUGGGGAUAAAGGCACGAUCAAGUUCGGCGGGAGUGUUGGAUACUGCCCUCAGAGUGCAUGGAUCCAAAACGCGACGAUUCGGGACAAUAUUUGCUUUGGUCGUCCCUUCAAGGAAGACAAAUAUUGGCAGGCUGUUCAGAACUCCUGUUUAGAGCGUGAUCUUGACAUGCUACCUAACGGUGACAUGACUGAAGUUGGUGAAAAGGGCAUCUCUUUAUCAGGGGGUCAGAAACAACGUCUGAAUAUCUGUCGUGCCAUCUACUGCGACACAGAGAUCCAGAUCUUUGAUGAUCCUCUGUCCGCUCUCGAUGCUCAUGUAGGAAAGAUGGUAUUCCAGAACGUCCUACGGAACGCUGCACCUGGAAAGACGCGUAUAUUAGUUACUCACGCAUUACACUUUCUUCCUCAGGUGGACUACAUCUUCACCAUUGCAGAUGGACGUAUAGCAGAGCAAGGCACGUACGAUGAGCUCAUGCAGAAAGACGGGGAGUUUUCAAAAUUCUACAGAGAGUUUGGGAGUCAAGAGGAGAAGGAAGAGGAGGAGGUAGAGGAGGAGGAGGAAGCUAUUGAGAGCAUCGUGAAGGAGACAGAGACUGAAGGUGAUCUUCGGACGAAGGUUACUCCAGGACCAGGGUUGAUGCAAGAGGAGGAGCGGAAUACUGGGGCCAUUAGUUUGUCCGUGUAUAAGCGGUUUUUGGAUGCUGGCAGAGGGCGUGUCGUUUUACCCAUCCUGUUUGCCUCCAUUGUCUUUGUCCAGACUGCGAUCGUGAUGGGGUCUUAUUGGUUGGUGUACUGGCAGGAAGAUAAAUGGGCUCGCCCACAAGGGUUCUACAUGGGCAUAUACGCAAUGCUGGGCGUCGCGCAAGCCUUUGCAUUCUUCGUUAUGGGAAGCAUGUUUGCUUUAUUGACAUAUUUUGCAAGUCAGAAUUUGCAUAGUCUAGCCGUUGACCGUAUUGUGCACGCGCCCAUGUCGUUCUUCGAGACUACGCCACUUGGUCGGAUCAUGAACCGAUUUUCGAAAGACAUCGAUACGAUUGACAAUAUAUUGGCAGAUUCCAUGCGAAUGUUUGCGGCGCCGGCUUCAUCGGUCAUUGGUGCCAUCAUUUUGAUAGCGAUUAUCUUGCCGUGGUUCUUGAUCGCUGUCUUUGUCGUUCUCAUCGUCUACUUGUAUGGGGCCGCCUUUUAUCGAGCGAGUGCCCGGGAGUUGAAACGCCUUGAUGCUGUACUGAGAUCGUCACUAUACUCUCAUUUUUCUGAGUCACUUUCAGGCCUGGCAACAAUCCGUGCGUAUGGCGAGUCUGAGCGCUUCGUCAAGGAAAACGAGGAACGGAUUGAUGUGGAAAAUCGAGCUUACUGGCUGACUGUCACCAACCAGCGUUGGCUGGGUAUACGCAUAGACCUCUUGGGCAGUCUUCUAACUUUUGCUGUUGCGAUGCUGACCGUCGGGACGAGAUUCAGCAUUUCUCCGGCGCAAACAGGUCUUGCACUCGCAUACAUUUUGAAUGUUCAGCAAGCGUUUGGAUGGCUUGUACGGCAAAGCGCAGAAGUCGAAAAUGAUAUGAAUUCGGUGGAACGAAUAGUACAUUAUGCCACUGAAAUUGAGCAGGAGGCUCCGCAUGUGGUACCUGAUAGCAAAGUUCCUGAAUCUUGGCCGUCUGUGGGCCGUGUAGAAUUGAAGGACGUAGUACUGAGCUACAGGCCUGGACUUCCUGCCGUCCUCAAGGGUAUAUCCAUGACCAUCAAAGCUGGAGAAAAAAUUGGUAUCGUUGGAAGGACCGGAGCAGGCAAAAGUUCUAUCAUGACUGCCCUGUAUCGGCUGGUCGAGCUGUCCUCAGGAUCGAUUUGCAUUGACGGCGUUGACAUAUCCACUCUUGGGUUGACGCAGUUGCGGAAAAGCUUGUCAAUCAUUCCUCAAGAUGCACUAUUGUUCUCUGGAACUCUCCGGUCUAACCUUGAUCCUUUUAAUACACAUGACGAUGCGAAACUAUGGGACGCGUUGAAGCGAUCGUACCUUGUGGACUCGCCGGCAAAGGCGGUCACAGACGAGAACAGUGAUUUGUCUACCCCAAUUAACAAAUUCAGUCUUGAUACUGUCAUUGAAGAUGAGGGCGUAAAUCUAUCAAUUGGCCAGCGAUCGUUGGUGUCACUUGCGAGAGCCCUGGUCAGGGACUCCAAAAUUCUCAUACUCGACGAGGCUACGGCGUCUGUUGACUAUGAGACUGACAGAAAUAUACAAGACACUAUUACCCGCGAAUUUCAAGAUCGCACAAUUCUAUGCAUAGCUCAUCGCUUGCGCACGAUCAUUUCAUACGAUCGUAUAUGUGUUCUUGAUGCUGGAGAGAUUGCUGAAUUUGACACCCCCUCAAAAUUAUACGAAAUGACCAGUGGGAUUUUCAGGGCAAUGUGUGAUCGGUCAUCGAUCACACUAGAUGACAUCAGGCUUGCUUCUAACCAGAAAGUUAACUGA